AUGAAGUUCUUCGCUGUCGCUGCUCUCUUCGCUGGCGCUCUCGCCGCUCCCACCGUCGAGGUUGAGGCUCGCACCAACAGCAGCCCUGUCUGCCCCAACGGCCUCUACUCCAACCCCGUCUGCGCCGACGUCGACGUCCUCGGCAUACUGUGCCUCAACGCCGUCUCCCCCAGCGAGGCUCCGCGUGACGCCAACCACUUCAGGGAGAUCUGCGCCAAAAUUGGCAAGGAGGCUCGCUGCGCCGUUGUUCCUAUCCUCAACCAGGCUGUCCUCUGCAACAAGCCAGUUGGCAUCACCAACUAG